AAACGAGCCGAAUUUCAAGAUAUUUUGUAACAGCUGUCCACGGUCGUUUACAAAGAUAAACAGUCUCCAAAAACAUUAUUACAGACAGCAUGAGGCUUUAACAGUGGAAGAAGACUUAAAUGAUGGGGAAAAUGAGAACCAUUUUCAGGAGAUGUUUGACGAGGGAGAAGCACGAAGUCUAAUGCAACGCCAUGCUGCCAAAUUCCUUUUAUGUUCCAAAACAAGAGGUAUGCUCACCCAGAGUGCCGUGGACUUGGUCAAAGAUUCAGCGAAAAAUCUACUAACUGAGUAUUUGGACAUAGUCAAAAAAUCGCUUGUCGAAAAGAUAAACAGUAAUCCUGGUCAAGAAUUGCAAUUUGACCAAGAUGUGGAAAAGUUAUUUUCAGCAGAGAGUGUCUUCGACGGAGUUGAUUCAGAAUACCAACAAAGAUCAUAUUUUAAGCGUCAUUUCAAUUUGGUGGAACCAAUAGAAGUUGAGAUGGGAAAACAGUGGAGAAGUGAUUUUCGACAAGGGAGAAAAAUACUUAAACGUGUCACAGUUUUUGGUUAUCAAGUUCCAUUAUUAAAGACUUUGGAGGCACUUCUUCAAAACCCAGAUGUUUUAAAGGAAGUUGAAAAUCCACAUUUUUCAUGUGAUGGUGUUCUUCGAGAUGUAAUGGAUGGGGAUUUUUUCAAGAGUCAUCCAGUAUUCUCCCUCCACAGUGAUGCCCUGCAGCUGUUGGGCUAUUAUGAUGAUCUAGAAAUAGCCAAUCCUUUAGGUUCAAAAGCAAAGAUUCAUAAAAUUGGUGUCUUUUACUUUGUGCUGGGCAAUAUAAGGCCAAUGUUUAGAUCAAGCAUCCGCAGUAUACAACUUAUAGCUAUUGCUAAAACAAAAGACAUCAAGUCAUUUGGGAUCGAUAAUCUUUUGAUGCCAUUCAUUGAGGAUGUCAAUUGUUUGGCGAAGGCUAAUGGUCACUGUUUUACCAUAAAUGGUGUUGCCCGUGUGUUUGAGGUGAUCUGUUAUUGUGGACUGGAGAUACACUUGGUAGCAACUAUGUCAGUGGUUUCAAGGAAGGUGUUGGAGGAGCAUUGCGAAUUUGUAGGCAUUGUAUGGGAACAAGACUGGAGACCAACAAUAAGGGAAACAAUCAAUGGUGUCACUGAAGCUAAGCUUAAACAAUCAGCAUCUCAAAUGUGGUGUUUAUUCAGGUUCUUGCCAAUCAUGAUUGGUGAUAAAGUGGAUGAGCAACUGGAAAACUGGCAUUGUUUGCUGAAACUUUGGAAUAUUGUUCAAAUUUGUACUUCUCCAGGAAUAACAAAGGCUGAUGCUGCCUAUUUGAAAGUUAUGAUUAAUGAUCAUCACAAAAUGUUCAAAAAUCUCUACCCUAAUGCAUCCAUAAUUCCAAAAAUGCAUUAUCUUAUACAUAUACCUGAUGAAAUUGUUAGGUUUGGGCCACCUAGAAAUAUCUGGACCAUGAGAUUUGAGGCUAAACACAGUUUCCUGAAAAGUUCAAUUACCAAGAACUUUAAAAAUGUCCCCAAAUCACUUGCAUUUUCCCAUCAAAGGAACAUGUGCUGGAACCUUCUGAGUUCUCCCAAGCAGCCCUUGACUAAUUACCUGUAUAGUGGUGAUGUUGUUGGAUUAGGCGAUCACAAUGUUGAUUUGCACAGCCAUCCAUAUUUUGGCAUGAUAGCUCAAGCUGCUAGUGUUGAUCAACUGGCACAGCCAUGUAAAGGAAGCAGGCAUGUUAGGCAUGUGGAGAUUCAUGGCAUAAUUUACAAGCCAGGAUGUGCUCUGCGACUGCAGGAAAUGGAUGAGAUUGGUGAGAGAGAUUAUCCGGUUUAUGGUGGUGGAAGAAAUCGUUGUUUGGGAAGAUAG